GUCCAAGUAUACCACAUCCACCACCACCCCUCUGUCCAAGUAUACCAUGUCCACCGCCACCCCUCUGUCCAAGUAUACCACAUCCACCGCCACCCCUCUGUCCAAGUAUGCCACAUCCACCGCCACCCCUCUGUCCAAGUAUGCCACAUCCACCACCACCCCUCUGUCCAAGUAUACCACAUCCACCCCCACCUCUCUGUCCAAGUAUGCCACAUCCACCGCCACUCCUCUGUCCAAGUAUACCACAUCC